AUGAACUCCGCAACAGCAGUUAUCGAUGGCAUCACGAUUCCAAACCAUACAAAACAAUACGAGUCAAUCUCAGCUCAGCGCCCAGAAUUAUCCCAAGCCGGCCGCACAGUCCUAGUCAGUGGCGGCUCUACUGGUAUUGGCCAUGCCAUUGCACGAAACUAUUGCAUCGCGGGUGCUUCCCGUGUGAUAAUCCUGGGGCGUCGUAAUGACAUCGUCAACGACGCAGCCUCGAAGCUCAAUGAGGAAUUCCCCAGUACCACAGUUACUGCGCGUGUAUGCGAUGUCUUUGACAGAGCUCAAUCGCAGCAGGUGUGGGAUGAACUCGAGAAGGAAGAAACCCUGAUUGAUGUUCUCAUCCUCAAUGCUGUCAGCGAGCCAGCCCUUCAGCCAAUUCUAGAGCAAGGGGCGGACAGGCUUUGGCUUGACUUUGAGAACAAUAUCCAUGCUCCUCUCUACCAUGUUGAGAGAUUCUACAAGCAGCCAAACCAUAACAAGCAGAAGUUUGUCGCGUCUGUGUCUACCCAGGAUAUUCAUCGCUGGGACAGUGCACCCCAGAUGCCGGGCUAUCAACUGACGAAGAGUUCCUUUGCUACUGUUAUGCAGCAAGUCGCACGAGAUACACCAGAGGAAAAGAUGCGAAUCAUUUCGUUCCAUCCCUCGGUUGUGUUUACAGAGGCGGCAAAGAAGACCGGGUACACUGAGGACACUCUGCCCUGGACAGAUGCAAACCUUCCUGGUGGCUUUGCUGUCUGGGCUGCUUCUCCUGAAGCGCAUUAUCUUCACGGCCGGUUUGUAUGGUCAACUUGGGAUGUCAACCACCUCGGAUCCGGAGACCUCCGUGCCCGUAUCGAUUCGGAUUCGUGGCUGCUCAAGGUUGGAGUGAAGGGUCUGUGA